GCUAGUCGCUUGGCUAUACAGGAUUUGUAUGAAAUCACAUCACAGCUAUCGGCGAUAUCGGCCCUCCCGAGCGAUGAUGUGGCCUAAUUCCCAACUACGAUGGAUUCAUCCUAAGAGGGGCGGUAGGCAACCAACUUACCCUUUUUCUUCCUCUUCGUUUCCCCCCAGCAUCACCCGGAUACAAUAAACCUCACCGCUUUUCCACGAAGCUACGACCAUACCCGAUACGCCACUACGAUAACGCGCCAAUGACGAUACAACUCGAGCCCAGUCAAAUCCCCAACGCCGGCCAGUACGUGGUACAGACAAGUAGGGGGGACUAUGUUAUCCAGGUAGCGUGGCCGCUGUGCUGGACGGAAGACCGCGUGGCGCCUGAGGGGGACCCUCCGGUCUCGACCUUCUACCUCGUGGACGGCAACGCGUACUUCCUCACGGCGGUGGACGUGGCGCGGCGGCUCGAGUUCACGAACGGCGCGCGGGCGAUCGUGGUGGGCGUCGGGUACCCGCGGACGCAGUACGUGUACAACUGGCGGCGGGGGCCGGACCUGACGCCGGCCAGCCCGGACGGGACGUACGAGAUGCCGGUGGGGCGGGACGGGAAGCCGCUGGCGGGGGUGUCGUUCGGCGAGGCGGAGCGCUUCCUGGCCUUCGUCGAGCGCGAGGUGGUGGCGGCGGUGGAGACGCGGCUGUUCGCGCACCUGGCGCGCGGCACGGGGCGCCGCGCGCUGUUCGGCCACUCGUACGGCGGCGUCUUCGCGCUGCACGCGCUGUUCACGCGGCCGACGCUGUUCGACACCUUCGUGGCCGCGAGCCCGUCGCUGUGGUGGAACCGCUACUUCCUCGCGCGCGCGCAGGAGCCGGCGCUGCGCCAGCGCGCCCCGCCCGCCGACCCGCCGCCCGCCGUCGUCCUCACCUGGGGCGCUAGCGCCCGCCGCCGCCCCGGCGAGCCGGACGACGCCUUCGCCCGCCGCAAGGAGGCCGCCGAGGACGACAGGCUCGAGGCCGACGCCAAGGCGCUGGCCCAGCGCCUCGAGACCUACCCCAGCGUGCGCGCCGUCCGGACGGCCCAGUUCGAAGGCGAGGACCACGGCAGCGCCGCCGUCGCUGGACUCCAGCGGGGUAUCAUGACGUUUCUCCUGGAAAAGGAGUAGGUACGGGGGGGGAAGGAGGGCAGUGGCGCGGAUCGGGGAAACCUGGAGAGACUCGAACGCCGAGAUCAGGCCUCUCGUCAACUGUAAUACCUACUUACACCUUACGCGCGUGGAUUUUCUUUUUGUAUUCGUCUUGGGAUCGUGAUUUCUUAAAGAGCGCAUUUCCCCCACGAGGUAUGUGAGAGAGCCAGUAAUAUUUUCCCAACUUGAGAACAUGCAGAAGUUGAAAAAAAACGUCGC